AUGCGUGAGGAGUUCGACGCCCUGCAGCGCAACCGUAUGUGGCAGCUUGUCCCGCGGCCUCCCCGUGCCAACGUCAUCACUGGCAAGUGGGUCUUCCGCCACAAGACUCGCCCCGACGGUUCCCUUGAGCGCUACAAGGCGCGUUGGGUCGUGCGCGGCUUUCGCCAGCGUGCCGGCGUGGACUUCACCGACUCCUUCGCCCCGGUUGUCAAACCGGGCACGAUUCGCGCUGUUCUCCAGCUCGCUGUUUCUCGCGCCUGGCCAGUCCACCAGCUCGAUGUGUCUAAUGCUUUCUUGCAUGGCCAUCUCGACGAGCAGGUGUUCUGUCAGCAGCCUACUGGUUUCGUCGACACCGACUAUCCAGACCACGGUCCCGCCACCGCGUACCUCCUCCUGUACGCCGACGACAUCAUCCUGACUGCCUCUUCGCCAGCGCUCCUUCAGCCGAUCACAGCUCGCCUCGGCACCGAGUUCGCCCUCAAGGACUUGGGGGCUCUCCACUAUUUCCUCGGCAUCGAGGUUGUGCGCCGGGCCACUGGCUUCUUCCUGAACCAGCAGAAGUAUGCCUACGAGCUUCUGGAGAGAGCGGGCAUGCUUAACUGCAAGCCUACUCCUACGCUUGUCGACACGAAGGCUAAGGUGUCUGUCGCCGAGGGUUCUCCGGCGGCCGACGCUCCCUUCUACCGCUCCAUCGUCGGUGCGCUUCAGUACCUCACACUGACGCGUCCGAACAUUCAGUAUCCUGUCCAGCAUGUGUGCCUUCAUAUGCAUGCUCCUCGUGAUACUCAUUGGGCUCUGGUGAAACGUAUUCUUCGGUACAUACGUGGCACCACAACUAUGGGUCUCACCCUGACGGCAUCACCUGACACCAGCCUUGUCGCCUACUCCGACGCCGACUGGGCUGGGUGUCCCGACACUCGCCGCUCCACUUCCGGCUUUUGUGUCUACCUUGGGCCCUCCCUGAUUUCGUGGUCGUCUAAACAACAACCCACGGUCUCACGAUCGAGCGCCGAGGCUGAGUACAGGGUUGUGGCCAACGCUGUCGCGGAGUGCUCUUGGCUACGACAGCUACUUCAGGAGUUGCUAUGCGAGGUUACCAAGGCGACGCUUGUUUACUGUGACAACGUCUCCGCGGUGUAUCUCGCUGCCAACCCUGUCCAUCACCGACGGAUGAAGCAUAUUGAGCUCGACAUUCACUUCGUCAGGGAGCACGUCGCACUUGGUCGUGUUCGAGUUCUCCAUGUGCUCACCGAUCAGCAGUUCGCCGAUGAAGCUAGCUCUCUACUCUAG